UGGAUGCCCUAACUCACUCCUCUGUGUGGGAGGUUGAGGUCUGGUGCUGUAGAGCCGUGCACGAGGCGGCGCUCUGCUGUAUAAGUGUCUUGACCAGAAAGAUGCAUGGACUGAAACUGUGGUUUGCUCUGCUUCUGUCGCUGGUCUUCUGUGUUGAGAGCAAAGGUUCUAUCACACUGGCUUGGCAACAUGUAAAAACCACCGGGAAAGAACCGUACUUCGCUCCCCUGUGUACAAAUAAAACCGAGAGUAGUAUCGUAUUUGUAAAGUGCACCAUCAUAACAGAGAGAAACAGGGGAUCACAGUGUAAACUGGUGUAUCAACAUGGAAAGGAUUUUGAGAACAGUUGUGACUCCAGGUUCAGAUUAAUGACGGAGAAUCAGACUUUGUUCCUUCAUCUGAGCAGCUUGACCCCAGAGGACGAGGUGAACGUCACCUGUGAGUGUUCAAGUCUGGAUGGAACAUUUCACCUGCGUCUCAAUGUCACUGUGGAAGAGGAGGCAAUCGCCAGCAGCUCGUCUGAAGAGCUUAUUCCUUAUGUUGUAAUCGGUGUGAUUCUCUUCAUGGUAACAUCUGGAGCGAUCCUGGGACUUAUCUGCAGAAACACUUGCAACAGACGACAACAGGAAGCCACCACCGGUCAUCCAGACGUGGAACAAGGAGACAUUGAGCCAUACAGCACCUUCAUGCAGAGAGAGAGUGGACUUUAUUCUGUUGUUAAUAUAUCCAGAUUGAAUUCACGUGUGUUUGAAGGAGAUGAAAUGAAUUCAGGGACACUUUUGUAGCAUCUGCCUCCAUGUGAUGCUUGUUUUCAUGUUGAUGAAUCAAACUUAACUCUGAGUUUGAACCGUUUUACUCAAACUUGAGUGAUCUAAUAAACUCUUGUUUGCACCUGCA